ACGCCAACUCAACGAUUUCUAUCAUUCUCCCACCACCAUUAACAUAAAUUCACUGCCCCCUAAACAGAAACUCUGCCUGCCCCCCUUCUUCCACUUCUGGUAGUUUUUGGUUUCUGUAUAUUUGCUUAUUUCAUAUCUAUGAGAUGAUACAGUGUUUUUCCUUCUGUUACCAGAAGCAGGUCCUGCCCCGUUCUUCUGGCCAGCAAAGACACAGGGAGGUGAGGAGGGAGGAAGAGCGUUUACUGCAAGCACGCAGGCAAGGAGGACGGAGGUGUACACCUCAGAGCAAGCUCCCCAGCAAAGGCAGGCAGAGCCUUUUACACCUUCCCGCACAAGGACGUACAUACAAACGUCACCGACUACAUAAGGGCAUCAUGGCGUGCAGGCGCAGUAAGACAAGUGGCAUUUUUUUCCUUUUAGGUACGGGAAAUGGCGGAUAAGUCCCGGCCUGGGCGGAAACUAUGGGAUACUUGGAGGCUAGUAAGCUGGGUUUGACUGGCUUAAGGCAGGAACUGAGCCGCACGCAGCGUUCAGGAUCUUCGAGGACAGUGGACAGGAGGGGACGGGUUCUGCUUGAUAAUGGCUGGACCCACAUCGUUGCCAUCCAGUGGAUUCCAAGGAGUGGCUGGUGGAUUUGAACUGUCAACCUUGUGGUAGCUCGCUGUAGCUCUUAACAGCUGCACCAGCAGGGCUCCAUGAUAAUGGCCAAGCAACUGCUCACUGAGCCACGCGCAUCGCUGUCUGUCACUUAAGGUUUGAUGAUUGUGGACAGGAGGGGGAAGCCUUGCUUGAUGGUGGCUGAGCAGCUACUGGCUGCUCUGGCUGUCGCGUUUGCAACUGAUUUAUUUCCCUCAGCAUGUUUUCAGGGUUCAUCCAUGUUGUGGCAUGUAUCAGGACUUCAUUUCUCUUUAUGUCUGAGUAAUAUCCCACUGUAUGUAUAGACCACAUUUUGUUUAUCCACUCAUCUGUUCGUGGACACUAGGGUUGUUCCCACCUUUUAGUUAUUGUGAAAACUGCUGUGAUGAACACUCGUGUAAGAGCUACUUUCAUUUUGUUGCCGUCACUUAGUCAUUCAACAGGUCCAGCCUGCCAUGUGCCAGGUCCUUUGCUCCUUUCUGAUAAUACAAGUAAGACCUGGUCAGAUAGAAGAAUCGCUGCCGAAUGGAAAACAAUCCAAUUAUAAAAUUUCUUUGAAAUCUUUAUUUAAAUCAAUGGGGGAAAUGAAAUUCUUAUAAAAAUUAGGUUACUUUAAUUUUUAAAGUAUUUAUAAUUGUAGGAACUUUGCAUAUUAUAAUGAUAUAUCAAACCGCUAAGACUACAGUUUUUUUUUCUACUGAGACUUAGUAAAUAAACUUACUUUUCUUUAUGAUUUGAUAAUCUGUUUUAAAGGCUCAUGUCAACUCAUAACAAUAACCUUAAAGACUUCAAAUAAAUCCUUAGAUAACAAUCUUAAGAGAUUCGCAUUCUGUAUUGACAGACUCUCAAGGCUUUAAAAAACGUGAAUUAAUGUUAACCAUUUGCUAAGCUUUGUUUUUGAAAUAAGGAAAUGGUGCUUAAACUUUUUAAGCUUUUAACUCUAAGUAAUGGAGAUAAAAAUACAGAUGAGUCCAAGUGCUGAAUUUUAUACUGUAUACUAAAAACAAGAAAACCGAGUCGUUGCUGUCAAGCUGAUUCCGACUCGUGGUGACCCCAUGUGCCGCGGAGUAGAGCUGCUCCAUAGGCUUUUCUUGGCUGUGAUCUUUGCAGAAGCAGACCUCCAGGCCUUUCUUCCACAGCACUUCUGGGUGGGUUCUAACUGCUAACCUUUAGGUUAGUAGUCAAGUGCAAACUGAUUGCACCACCCGGGGUACCAUGUUAUAUACACAUAUAUGUAUAUAUAUGUACGUAUGUAUAUACACACAUACGCAGAUACACACACACACACAGCAUAUAUACCAAAAAAAACCCCACUGCCGUUGAGUCAAUUCCAGCUCAUAGUGACCCUACAGGACAGACCAGAACUGCCACUGCUGUAUAGGGCUUCCAAGUCUGUAAAUCUUUUUUUUUUUAUUGCACUUUAGAUGAAGGUUUACAUAGCAAACUAAAAUUUUUUUCUCAUUAAACAGUACACAUAUUGUUUUGUGACAUUGGUUAACGACCCCACGACAUGUCAACACUCUCCCUUCUAAACCUCGGGUUCCCGAUUACCAGCUCUCCUGUUCCCUUCUGCCUUCUAGUCCUUGUCUCUGGGCUGGUGUGCCCCUUUAGUCUCGUUUUGUUUUACGGGCCUGUCUGAUCUUUGGCUGAAGGAUGAACCUUGGAGUGACUUCAUUACUGAGCCAUACUCUCAGUGUCUCUCCAGUCUCCAUCAGGCCAGUAAGUCUGUUUUUUUUCUGUGAGUUAGAAUCUUGUUCUACAUUUUUCCCCAGCUCUGUCCGAGACCCUCUAUGGUGAUCCCUGUCAGAGCAGUCAGUGGUGGUAGCCGGGCACCAUCUAGUUGUACUGGACUCAAUCUGGUGGAGGCCAUGGUAGAUGUGGUUCUUUAGUCCUUUGGACUUAAUUUCCCUUAUAUCUUUAGUUUUCUUCAUUCUCCCUUGCUCCCGAAGGGGUGAGACCAGUGGAAUAUCUUAGAUGGCUGCUCACAGGCUUUUAAGACUCCAGAUGCUACUCACCAAAGUAGAAUGUAGAACGUUUUCUUUAUAAACUAUGUUAUGCCAGUUGAAUUAGAUGUUCCCCGAGACCAUGGUCCCCACAUGCCUCAAGGGGUUUAAAUCUUCACGGAAGCAGACUGCCACAUCUUUUCUCCCGCAGAGUGGCUGCUAGGUUUGAAUCACUGACCUUUGAGUUAAGCAGCUGAGUGCUUAACCACUGUGCCACCAGUGAUCCAGUGUGGCAUAUAUACUAUAUAUAUAAGUAGAGGGUCAGCGAAGAAGAAGAAGACCCUCAAUGAGAAGGAUUGACACAGUGGCUGCAAUCAUGGGCCCAAGUAUAACAACGAUUGUGAGGAUGGCGCAGGACCAGGCAGUGUUUCAAUCUGUUGUACAUAGGGUCGCCAUUAAUCGGAACUGACUCGACGGGACCUAACAACGACGUUGUAGUUUGGGUAAAAUUCAUGUUAUUUAGGCUGCAGCAUGAUUUAUAUUGCUGUUAUGUCCCUGGGCGGUGCAAAUGUGUUUAUAGGGAAACAUUCCAUCAGUGAACAAUGAAGGGCCCACCAAGUGCUGAUUACGGAGGGCCCAGGAGGGAAAGAGGCAGGCCUGAUGCUUGCCCUUGUGUAGUGGAAGAAACAAACAAAAAGCAACUAAAAAUAGAAAAAUAAAAGAAUUGCAAGUUGUAAUAAGUGCAGUGAAAGAAACAAAGGGGCUGAGUUGGAGGGUGAUGGAGAGGGAGAGACUUGAGGGGCAGUGGUGAUCCUGGAAGCAGCGUCAUUUAAGCUGACACCCACAGGAGAAGACUUAGGAUUGGGAGGGGUCAUGGGGUGGCAAGAAGAGUGGUAGGUGAUGAGAGAGAAACGCUGGGUUCCGGAGACACCGUUUGAGCUCCUGAAGCAGGCUUUUUUCCUGGACAUUUCAGUUAUGUGAACUGAUAAAUAACUUUUUCAUUUAAGCCACUGUCAGUGCGGACAAGACUCCUAAGUAUACAGUGGGCUAACCCAAAAUACACGGGCUAGAGUAUUUGAAUUCCCUGGAACUACCUUUAGCUGAACUUGCUACGUCUAGUGUUCACGCUUUAUUCAUUCAGAAUGAAACAGUUUUGUGUCGUAUCACUUCUCCGUGCCAUUGCCUGGGUCCGAGUUCUUAGACUUGAGUUGUAUGUGCGUUGUCAAAGCCCUGUGUACUGUAAGUUAGAAUUCUCUUGGUUGGAAAUGACAGAAACAUGAAACAUAAGGUAAAUAAGGUUAGACAGCAAAAGGGGAUUGCUUCAUUGGGAGAAUACCGGUGUAUGUCAUUGGUUCAAAAAAGAAAUGAAAAAAUCAAGCCACAGGAAGGGGACAGAGGCUACAGUGGGGACUCAAGAGCAGCUGGAAAGAGGGACUGAAAGCUGCCAAGACUGCCUCCACGUUUCUCUCCGUGUGCCAGCUCUGUCUGUCUUGGCUGUAGAUCAUCUUCCACCACUUGGCAAGAAGCAUGGCUGUCAAUAUGUAAAAUUGGUGGCCUGCGGACAUGCAUUGUUCGUUUACACAGUACUUGUAAGAAUUGAUCUAGUUACUAACCCUUAAAAGAGGGAGAUUUCACAGAAAAAUGCAAAUUCCUAGUGUCUCUUAACAAGUCAGAAGGCCCGACCUUCCUAAAUGGAAGCCAUCAUCAGGUGGUGCUGAGGAGUUGCUGUCCCUUUGGAAGGGGCCUGCGCUGUCUGAGAGGCCACAGCUGCCCUGAUGCUCUUACUCCGGCCCCCAUCAGGCUUCUGUAGGGCAUGGCUGGCUCCUUCUCCCAGCUUUUGCUGUGCUGGGCCCAGCCCUCUCAGUCUCAAACCCAGCAAUCUGAGGGAAAUGACUCCUUGCCCUCCCUUGGGUCAAGUGCCCUUCUUUGGAACAGCCAGUUUCCCCCAGGGGAUGGGGGCCACAUACCAACCUGGCAUACUUACAUACUCACCCCACCCUCACCUCCUCUCCUGGAGUAACCAUGAGGUUGGGGAGGGGAGGCAGUUUCUGGAAAAGGGAUGCUAAGCAGACAGCACCUUAAAUUAUGUAUCUGGGAUCAUUUCCAUGUUAUUUAGUGAAGUCUUUUUUUUUUAACUCAUUUUUCCCACCAGAUGUACCUUUGCCAAAAGGGCCUGUUCUUGUUUUUGUUGUAUGUGUGAAAUGCUAUUACUUUAAGCAGUCAUCUGCUCUUUAAUUUUGGAGGAGACUUGAGAGGACUUCAGAGAAGCUCUAGUGAUUUAUGGCAGGAAAUAAAAUAGUAAUGGAAGUACCGCUGACCUGCAGUAUUUGCAGAUUCUGUAUAUAUGAAUUCACCAACUCUCUAAAAUUCAUGUGUAACCCUAAAAUCAAUAACUCAUGGAGCUUUCAUGCUCAUUUGCAGACACGUGCAGAGUGGCAAAAUUUUGAAUCACCCGAUACGUGUGUUCCCAGCUAAGACUGAAAAAAGCUACGUGCUGUCUUCUUGUUCAGCUCUUAUACUGUAAACAGGUGGCCUUUUUGUGGUCUAUUUACUGCCACAUUUUUCACAUUUCUGUGCUUUUCGUCGGUGAUUUUGCUAUUUGAAAUGGCUCCCAAACAUAGUGCUGAAGUGCCGUCCAGUGUUCCUAAGUACAAGAAGGCUGUGAUGUGCCGUAUAGAGAAGAUACAGGUGUUAGAGAAGCUUUGUUCAGGUGAGUUAUAGUCCUGUUGGCUGUGAAUUCAACGUUAACGAAUCAACAGUAUAUAUUAGAUAAGGUGUCCAAACAGAAACACACACGAAACAAGGCCGUGUGUUGAUCGUUUGAUGAAAAUGUUGUGACCUGAGGCUUGCAGGAACCUAACCCUGUAUUUUGCUAGGAGCAGGGGUUCAGUAUUUGCUAAUUCAGUGCUCCUGGCGAGUUUAUAGAACGUGACUACAGUGAAUAAUGAGACGUGACUGUGUGUGCUUGUUCUUUAUAGGAACGAUAGCCACAUGGUUUGACUACACUAAAUCGGGAGAUACAGAAUCUUGUCGUAGGUUGUUUACCCCACCACAUAAUAUGGAAGAUUUGGGGUGUUUAAACAAAUCUUCAAAAAAUUUUCCUGAGUUGAUUUUCUGGGUUUUGUUGAGAGAAGAUCGAGAAAUUUGUACAGUUUUUCUUAAUGUAAAGGAUGGUAACUGGACCGUCCUUACAAAACUAAAGUAAUACUUCAGUCCUUUGAGUGUAUCCAUGAAAAAUAAAUGUUUCGGUCGGAAGUUAUGAUGUAACAUGGCUUGUCUGUUUGUUUUUAUGGAUGACCUAAGCUAGAAUUGCAAAAAGUUGCCACAAAUAUAGUAACAAUCCUCCAAAUCUGAUUUAGUGAAAAAUAAAAUUUAGGUAUUGAUAGAAUUGUGUUUAAAAAACAAAAACCUGUCUCCUGGCUUCUCCAGUUUCUAUUCAGCUCUGAGUUGUGAAAAUCCAGUAAUACACUUUAAAAUCAGAAUCCCCCUUUUUUCUUCUUUAAUUUUAUUUUAUGACUUGAAGUGGGCAUGUUGUUUUAAGCCUUCAUUAUUUUGUUCUAUCUUUUGUAAAAUUCUAAGCGUUCUCAAGAUAAUCUUUUAAUUUUUCCCCCUAUUUUCUAUUUCUGAAGACUUUAAAGCUGUAUAGUAAGUAUGUGGAAAUGAUCGUACCCGACUUUGAAGUACUGAAGAUAAGUAAAACAUUGUUAUGUGAUUAAGAGGCUUGCUCUGUUAGGAGAUAAAUAGGAAGAGGAAAAGGAUUUACCUGGUGGAUUGUAUGAAAAGUUAGAGGCCGUCUUAGGGAUGGCAUCAGAAGGUUGACUGAUGGUAUUUCAUUGCUGCAUCUAGGUACCAAGCCUAGAUUAUGUACCAGAUUGUGAAAAGUGAAUCCAUUUUCCUAAGUCAUCAAGAUAACCUGCAAAAACAAAGGUGGUAGCAUAGUGUUGACUGUGAACUACUAGGUAUUAGAAAAUAAGAAUUCCUUUUUAAAGUUAAGCUCAUGGUUCCACCCAGAUUAGUAUCUGCUUCUUAUAGAAUUAAGGUUAGAAAAUGGCUCUAAACAAACAAACAAAAAAACAAACCUACUGCCAUCAAGUCGAUUCCGACUCAUAGUGACCCUAUAGGACAGAAUAGAACUGCCUGAUAGAAUUUCCAAGGAGCAUGUGGGCAGAUUUGAACUGCUGACCUCUUCGUUAGCAGCCGUAGCACUUAACCACUACGCUACCAGGGUUUCCAAAAUGGCUCCAAUCUUGGUUAAUUCAGUUCAUGUUUAACUGUGUUUUCUGUGAUAAAUAUGGAUGAAACAGUAGUUAGCAAAAUAUGGGAUCUGUUUUUCAAAGAGCUUAAAGUCUAAUGCAAUGGUUUUCUAUCCAGGAGUGAAUCAGGAUCAUCUGGGCGACUGUCAUGGAUUGAAUUAUGUCCCCUCCAAAAUGCGUGUAUCAAUUAGGCUGGGCCAUGCAUGAUUCCCGGUAUUGUGUGACCUUCCUUUAUGUUGUAAACCCUACCUCUUUGAUGUUAACGAGGGAGGAUGGGCGGCAGUUGUGUUAGUGAGGCAGGACUCAACCUACAGGAUUGGAUUGUGUCUUGAGGCAAUCUCUUGAGAUAUAAAAGAAAGAAGAGAGCAGAGAGACAGGGGGACCUCAUACCACCACGAAAGCAGUGCUGGGAGUAGAGCCUGUAUUUUAGACCUGGAGUCCCUGCAUAGAGAAGCUUCUUGACAAGGGGAUGAUUGUUGAGAAGGCCGACAGAGAGAGAAAGCCUUCCCCUGGGGCUGACACCCUGAAUUUGGACGUUUAGCCUACUUUACUGUGAAGAAAUAAAUUUCUCCUUGUUAAAGCCACCCACUUGUGGUAUUUCUGUUAUAGCACCACUAGAUGACUAAGGAAACAGGCCGCAGGGCCCCAUGCUCCUAAAUUGGACUCUCUAGGCCAGUGGCACCUGUAUUUUUGUCUUUAUUAUUUUUUGUAACUUUCUUUUUUCUUCUAAACAUUUUAUUGUGGUUUGGAUGAAAGUUUACAGAGCAAAUUAGUUUCUCGUUCAACAGGUUAUACACAUUUUAUUUCAUGACGUUAGCUGCAAUCCCCCUGUCAGUGUGUGACAGCCCUCCACCACCUUCCUCCUGGGUUCCUUGUUUCCAUUCGCCAAUCUUUCCUGCCUCUUCAUACUUUCUGAAUGUUGUUUUUGGGCAAAUGCUGCCCUUUUGGUCUCGUAUGGUUGAUUGUUCUGAGGAGCACUGUCCUCUUGGGUGUUAUUGUUCACUUUAUAGGCCUGACUAUUGUUUGUCUGAAAGGGGAUCUCCAGGAGUGGGUCCAGUUCCAGGUUUGAAGAGCAUCUAAGGGCCAUAGUCUCGGGGGCUCCACCAAUCUCUAUCAGACCACUCCUCAACUGGGUCUUCUGUCUACGUGUCAGAACCCCAGGAAAUUGGCAGGAUGGCUGCAAACAAGAAUAAGAGCCAGAGCUCCUUGGCCCUUCACAAGGUGAUCAUGGUUGGCAGCGGAGGUGUCGGCAAGUCGGCCCUGACGCUUCAGUUCAUGUAUGAUGAGUUUGUAGAAGACUAUGAACCUACCAAAGCUGACAGUUACAGAAAGAAAGUGGUUCUUGAUGGUGAAGAAGUCCAGAUAGAUAUUCUGGACACUGCGGGUCAGGAGGACUAUGCAGCCAUUCGAGACAACUACUUUCGGAGCGGGGAAGGCUUUCUCUUAGUGUUCUCAAUCACAGAACAUGAGUCCUUUACAGCAACGGCCGAAUUCAGGAAAGAAGUGUCAGGCAGUAGAAGAGUCAUCUCCAGAGAGCAGAGGAUGCUACCCUGCCCUGGGUUACCACGUGCACACAGGGAACAAAUCCUCCGUGUUAAGGCUGAAGAAGAUAAAAUCCCGCUGCUCGUGGUGGGAAACAAGUCUGACUUAGAGGAGCGGAGGCAGGUGCCCAUUGAGGAGGCCAGGAGUAAAGCUGAAGAGUGGGGUGUGCAGUAUGUGGAGACGUCAGCUAAGACGCGCGCCAACGUGGACAAGGUGUUCUUUGACCUAAUGAGAGAAAUCAGAGCAAAGAAGAUGUCAGAAAACAAAGACAAGAAUGGCAAGAAAAGCAGCAAGAACAAGAAAAGUUUUAAAGAAAGAUGUUGCUUACUGUGAAUACCAAGAUGGUAGACAAAGCCUAAAGUCAGUUGCCACUAAGGACACGGGCCGGGUUUGUAAGAGAAGACGUAUUUGACUUCCUUGGUUUGCUCCCCGCUCUCCCCAACCUCAUUCACGUGUGCUUCUUUCAAUGGGGGAAACAUCUGGAAAUCAGUGGCUGGCGGACAAAAUAAGUCCUUGUCCAUGCGGUGGAAUGGCUACUUUGUCGGAGGUUUUUGAGUUCUUUUUUCCUUCCUCCCAAAACUUCAACCACAUAUGUAAUGCUACAGUUAGGAAAUAGUCUUCUAAAAAGAAAAAGGACUAUCAUAGCAUUGUAUUUUUUCCUAGUUUUAUAACAUUACCACCUUUUGUUUUGAAUCUGUCUCAUCAGGUUUAGGAAAAGGGGGUGGGUGAGGCUCCCUCCUUCUCAGUGUAGCAGUAAUAUUCAGAAAAAUUCCGUAAGCUCUAAUGCCACUGAGAAACUCAGAGGUUUCAAAUGUGAGUUUCUUGGCAAUACCGUGUGGCUCUGAAGCACAGCUAAAAGAAUGAAUUUGAAUUGGGUCACAUAGGUCAGCACCAAGCUCGUGAGUCCUUCUUCCAUAUGAGCAAUUAAAAUUGUAAGCUCUUUUCUUUAUAUUUAAAAGUUGGCCAACUAUUGUCUGUGUUGGCUGUUCGUGUCCUGGAGCAUCCUGAUUUUUGGUAGGAACUUGUUUUUUAGUAGACUAAGUGAAGUUUCAAGAGUAGCAUACUUUAUAAAUGAUACACAUUUCUAAUUCAGGUUUUUUUUUUUUUUAAUUUGCCUACAUCCUCUAUUAAUUGCCAGUCCCAUUCUGUUAGGCCCCUUCUUCCCCACUAGUAAUUAUCACGUUCUGUCCACUUCUCUCUGCUUUCAGCAAUCCACUCCUCUUCUUCUGUUUCCUUAAGUGUAACAAAGAUCCUUCUGAAGAAUGCGUUGAGUUAAAACUGUACUCUAAAAUCAUGGCGCCAGAGCUUGUGCAGACAUUGUGCUACCUCUCAUAGGACUGCUCAGCCGCUCCUAAGUUCAAAUGAGAAGAAAUGGGGAAAGCUAAGGUGGGCCACUACUCCGUUACUUCUGAAAACUGGCUGCUGUUUUUAAUAGUUUUCUUUGGAGACAGCCAUACAGCUAGUUAGAAAAAUAUUUUUACUGAUGAGAUACAGCUAAUUCUUCUUGUAUCAGUAUUCUAAAUUCAGCAAUCAGAAAACUUGUCAGUAAGAGAAUUCUGUGAUAAAAACCCAGUACUCAGGAUAUUUUAUCCCUAUUUUUUCAGAAAUGACAUUUCGUGUAUGGGUGCCAAAAGGAAAAUGGGGUGGGGAGAGUGGGAAGCUUUCAAAUUUACGAUUAUUAAAGAGAUUGUAGAAAUUAUGAUCUGUCUGGAAAACCAUCUUAUGUCACCUCCCAAAGAAUCAUGGACUUUUUGCAAUAAAAAAUGCAGACAAA